CGGCUCCAAGGGGGGGGCCACUGGGGCCAUGCCCCCCCCCCAGGCUUCUCAAAAAAUUUAAAAUUUUUAACAUAUUUGUCCUUGUGUACUAUUAAAUCUUGAUUUUAAUUACCAACCUAACAAUUUUAUUUGGCGGCCUAAAAAAACCAUAUGACAUUAAUAUGAGGUGUCAGGUGUGUAUCAUAAUAUAGGAACGUAGUCAUAGUCGGACUCUGUACUAAUUUGGGGAAACAACUAUUAACAGUGAAUACUCAAUUACACUAUUACAGACUACAGUCAUAAACUCAUAACAUUUUAAUACGUUUUCAUAGUAAAUUGUCGACGGACGGUUUAUGUGCCUAUAUAAUUUAGUCAAUUAUACAGGGUGUAACAGAAAGAUAUGACAGAUUUACAUGUACAUUUACACAAAUCUGUUAUAUCUUUCUGUUAGUUGUUACACUGUGUAUAGUCCUUAUAAAAAUUAAAAGAAUAAUACUAUAAAUAAACGUGUUUACACGAAUCUACUAUCGAGUAUCGAUGUAUCAUGGCAUACAGCAUAAGGACAUUUCCACGAAAAACCUAAGCCCCCAGUAUUCUAAAAAUAAUCAAAAUAUUAUUCAUCAAUGUAUGUGUCCGCCGCGCCGGUCCGCAUCGUCGCGUCGAACAUACGAUAAACUGUUAACGAUUAUUAGUAAUGGGCAAUGGCGAAUCUGUAGUCUAUAAUUCAAUAAUUGUCUAUACAGUGGACUGUAGUGUAUCCGAAUCCCACUGGAGUACUGGACGACGUUUGAUCAGCCGUCAGCAAUUGAGCAAUAUAAUGAAUAUUAAGGAGAAAUUAAGUAAAUUUGUAUUCGUCUCUAAUUGUAAUAAACAUAUUAAUGAAAAUAAAAACCAAAGUGUUAAAAACAAAUUUGAAGAAAUUGAUUCAGAUCAAUAUGAUCAUGUUCAAUUAAAAAGAUCAAAAAUAAAUGAUUAUUUUAGCACUCAAGAAUUAUCAAUACCGUCCAGUUCAGGCAGUUCACAUUUACCAACAAACAGUGAAAAAGAGGAAUUAUCAAUACCGUCCAGUUCAGGCAGUUCACAUUUACCAACAAACAGUGAAAAAGAGGAAUUAUCAAUACCGUCCAGUUCAGGCAGUUCACAUUUACCAACAAACAGUGAAAAAGAGGAAUUAUCAAUACCGUCCAGUUCAGGCAGUUCACAUUUACCAACAAACAGUGAAAAAGAGGAAUUAUCAAUACCGUCCAGUUCAGGCAGUUCACAUUUACCAACAAACAGUGAAAACAAGUUGGAAGAUAUAAUUUUACUGAAGCCAGAUAUUGGAUUUUACAUAGGAAAAACAAACAUUGAUGAUUACACAAAAAAGGCAAUAUUGGAAAAUCACUGGUAUCCACCUGAAGAUUAUGUUUUUCCACACUCUGAGCAUAAUCGUAAUAAUAAAGUCCGUAAACGAUAUCCAUCAUUUAAACAUUUCAAAUCAUAUAACUGGUUAGUUUUGUCAGAUCUAUGUCGAGGAUUGUUUUGCAAAUAUUGUUUCCUGUUUGCGCCUUCUACCGCAUCGAAUAAUCAAUUAAAUAUACUUGUUAAAAAACCAUUAAUAACAUUUGCAAAACUAGAUGGCCAAGAUGGUACGCUUAAUAUGCAUUCAAGAAAUAAAUAUCACCAUAAUGCUGUUCAGUCUGGAAAAAUCUUUCUACAAACUUACUUAUGUCCGGAAAAAGACAUUAUUAAUCAAGUAUGUUCACAAAGAGUGCAACAAAUCAAAGACAAUCGUGAAAGGUUACGCCCAAUUAUAGAGUCAUUAAUAUUUUGUGGUCGGUAGAAUAUUGCUCUGAGAGGCCAUAGAGAUGAUGG